AUGCCGGACUGUUUUCCUGAUCCACCGUCUGAAUUUUGUCCAAGGCCAGUUGCAGAAACAAAGUUGGCAUUUGUAAUAAAGGAAGAGUCUUUUGUCAUGGACAGGUUCAUAGGAUUCUUUUCUACAUUCUACCGUUUGAAGAAAGCAAAUUGUUGGCUCAUACGAUUCAAGAAAUAUUUGUGUUCUCCUAAGAAGUCAAUAGACAAGCUCACUGAAUUGCCAUCAAGACCGACCGUGCAGGAUCUGAGCUAUGCUGAAAGAGAUUUUAUUGAAUAUGUUCAAAGACAAAGAUUUCGUGGAGAAAUGAAAUAUAGUGGUGCUAUGACUACUCAGAUCGACAUUUCCAUCUUUAAGGCUAUAGGUGGGAAGGAAGCACAAUUGGCACCGCUCGAGGAAUCUCUUGUUGCAGUGGGUGGACAUGAUUUAUCACCUCUGAGUACAUUGGAGGUAGAUUUGUCAAUUGAUUUUUUUGCAUCACGACGCACUAUGAUUGUUGCCAACCUAGGCAUGUCUAAUGGUAUUUUGGGCAUGGAUUAUCUCCGAAAACAUGAUGGCGUUUUCUACUUAUCAUCUGGACACAUGAUGAUAGAGGGGCAUACAAUCAAAUUGUUUACUGAAAAGUCUGUACCAUGUUGUCGUGUAACUGUUCGAGAAGAUAUUACGAUACCGCCAUAUUCUAAGGUUGUUAUCCCUGCACAACUUAGUCACCCAUGGCCGAAAAGCAUUGUGUCUGAUGUCGCUGCUCUUGUUGAACCGCUGAAUUCUUUUUUCCUUGCUGAUGGCAUUCAACUGAUCAACUGGUGGACCCUGGAAAGUCCAUUGUUCCCAUUCUGGCGAUCAACCAGAAAGAUUCAAGUUGACGAAUCCGAUAAUCGGGUUAGAGCUUCUGAAUUACCAGAACAUCUACAUGACAUGGUCAAUUCCAUUGAGGAUCUAACCCCGAGUCAACGUGAACAGUUGGUCAAUUUGAUUUGUGAAUUCCAUGAUGUAUUUGCUCCUCGCCGAAUGGGGUGGACGCGUAGGAAGAUAGCCAAAGAAGCUGUUGAUAAUAUGCUGGCUCAGGGUGUCAUAGGACCAAGUGAUUCCCCAUAUUCUUCUCCCAUUGUCCUAGUUCCUAAAAAGGAUGGUUUUACCAGGUUUUGCGUGGAUUUCAGAUUGCUCAAUGACGUCACGUACAAAGAUGCAUAUCCCUUGCCGGGUAUUGAGAAUAUCAUUGAGUCCGGUGCACAAUGGUUCUCAACCCUUGACCUCGCAAGCGGGUAUUGGCAAGUGGAGGUUGACCCUGCAGACCGUGAAAAAACAGCAUUCAGCAUUCCUGGACGUGGACAUUUUCACUUUGUAGUGAUGCCAUUUUGGUUAGCAAAUGCUUCCGCAACAUUCGAACGGAUGAUGGACAAUUAUCCUUGA